GCGACAUGAGAUGAGGGCCGGAGAUAGCAGGAUGGAGGCGGACCACCACCACCACCACGACGAGAGGUCGGCUGAGGCGGGUCAUCGCCGCCAUCGGUGGAAGGGACCGCGGUACAACGACAGGCAGAGGAGCUCCCCGUGGGUGUGGAUGGCGGUGAUCCUGUGCAUGCUGCUGGCCAUCGGCGUCCUCGUGUUGGGCGCCACGAUGUUGGCCGUGUACUUCAUCUACAAGCCCCAGAUGCCGUACAUGGAGGUGACCAACGCGCAGCUCUUGCAGCUCGACUACAGCCCGGCCGGCGGCGUCAUCAGGAACAUACAGGUCAAGUUCGAUCUUCUGGCCGAGAACACCAACUCCAAGAUCAACACUUCCUUCUCCAGCUUCAGCAUCGACGUCAACUUCAACGGCACCACCCUGCUACAGCUGCGCGCCGAGACCUUCACCGUUGCCCGGGAGAGCUCCGUCACGCUGCCGUACAGCGGGGAGUCGCGCGGGAGGAGGCUGGACCCCGCCGGGAUGCAGGCCAUGGAGGAGGCGGUCAGGUCCGAGCUGGUGCCCCCUCGUCUUCUACUACCGCACCGGCGUCGUCGCGCACAUCGACCACGAGAGCUGCCGCUCCAGGUCGCCGUAGCACACUGCUCCUCCUCGGGCUCUGCUUCGCUCUCCUCUGCUCGGCUCCGCCAUGCUCUGCUUAGCACGCCAAUGGCCUAUACUCUGCUAUUCUAUUCAUUAUAGGCUCAUCCGUCUUAGCGACAAGAACGUACAUAUGCAGUUCUUAUACAGGCAUCCUCGCAGAGGAAAAUUACUUAUACAAGCAAACAAUGCUGAUAAUAGUAUGUAAAUAGCCGCAGCUGCGAGGAAAACUACACAGUCAUGCUAAUUUGUGGUUAUGUACAGUACAUAUAUUGAUAUAUUGCGUGUGGAAUAGCUCAAAGUUCAACUC